UCAUAAAAGCCUGCAAAAGCAAACGUUCUUUCCCCGCAACUGCUGCCUUAGAAAGGAACCCUAUUUGCACUCUCGAGAUCCCUAUUUCGAUAGAGAGAAAAUGGCGGAACUUGAGUCCUCUAUUACUCACCCAUACAUGCCCAGAGAUCUAAAUCUCCCGGAUUUUGUGCCAGCUUUCCUCCCUCAAUCUACCAUUAUCGGCGUUUAUGGCAUAUCUUCGCUUCUCGUCAUCUCUCUGAUCUGGAUUUUUUCAGGUUGGGCACCUAGAAUCUCCAAGACUGAUAGGUUACUCAUGUGCUGGUUUGCCUUUACGGGCUUGACACACAUUAUUCUUGAGGGUUACUUUGCUUUCUCUCCAGAAUUCUUCAAAGAGAAGAGUGCCCAUUACCUCGCAGAAGUUUGGAAGGAGUACAGCAAAGGAGAUUCAAGAUACGCUGCAAGGGAUGCUGAUGUUGUUGCUGUUGAAGGGAUAACUGCAGUUCUAGAGGGUCCAGCAAGUCUUCUAGCUGUGUAUGCUAUAGCAACCAGAAAGCCAUAUGGCUUUAUACUUCAGUUUGCUAUCUCUCUGGGGCAGCUGUAUGGGACUGCAUUGUAUUUCUUUACUUCUUACUUGGAAGGAGACAACUUUGCUGCGAGCUCAUACUAUUACUAUGCAUACUACGUUGGAGCAAAUGCCUCCUGGGUUGUUAUACCUUCCCUUAUUGUAAUCAGGUGCUGGAAGAAGAUUGCUGCGGCAACCCAAGUUCAAUUCCAGACAAAGAGCAAAACUCUUUGAGGUACAACUUCAUAAUUUUACAUCCCACUGCUUUCUGAUUUAUGAUUUUUGUUGAUCCAUGUAGAAUUAAUGCACCUAAGGUGGUAGCAUAGCUGCUAAAUGUUAUUAGUUUUUAAUUCCUUCCACUGUUGAUUACUUUAAAUUAGUCUGAUCUUCUAAGUUCCAACUUUGUGGAUUAUUUUGUUUUUUUUUUUAAUUUUUAGCUUUCAAAGGAUUUUAUGACAUCAGCAAAAAAAAAAAAGUGGGCAUGUGAAUUGCAUUUAGCAAUAGUGUUUCAAGUGCACUGAUUCCUAUU